AUGCUUCAUACUCGCAUUAUAUUUCGGUCUUGCGUUUGCCUCAGACUAGUAGGCUGCAACCACAUACACAAAGCGGUGUCUACUUUGCCACCAGAAAGCCUACCUCAAAGUUCUGCACCUGGCAUUUUUGCGUCAUUAAAAUACCGAUUUGCACAUGGAUUGCGAUACCCUUCUUCGCGGCUGAAAUUAUCUGGCGAGAAUAUGUUUGCAAUAUGUGCCGAGUAUCCGGAAUUCAGUGACUUCGUCACUAAGCUCCAGCUACCUGAUACUUUUCAGACAUGGUUCUCGAUCACUACGCUUCACAUUUGGCUAUGCCUUGUCCGUCUGCGCAGAGAAGGACUUGAAGGCAGUAUACUCAAACGUGCUUUUAUUCAGGUUUGUUGCUAUUCAACUAUUCUCAUUUUAAUGCGCGGAUUCGGGAUACUACGCAAGCAACACGACCACAUCGAACAGUUUAAUAUGCAAUUUUUUGGUUCCCUGUUUGCCUACGACGAGGCUUUUCUGAUGCAUUCAGACUGUGCACUGGCCGGUGCUCUCUGGCGGAACUUUUUCUUGUCGUCGCCGGACACCUCAGCGUUCCAGCUUGAAACACUCGUCGCGUACAUUCGAAAGCAACUUGCUCAUUUGGAUGCCCUGCCGAGCGACCAGGUUCUCGGAAAAGGCAUCACCUAG